AUGGCGGCAAGGGUAGCUGAGGCGCGAGGCCUGUUGGCCAAGCUGCCGACCGAGCUCCUCUUCAACAUCUACGACGAACUCGAACCGUCUGACCAUUUUGCGCUUGCCACGACAUGCAAGCUCAUCUACGCUCGAUCAAAACCCAUCCUCGAGCUCCAUCGAAAUGCUCAUCGAGACAACCGCGUCAUCUCCGAUUGCUCGCUUGAGCUUCUCGUCCGCGUGUAUCGCAGCGCCCAGGCUUCUGUUGGCCCUAAAGCCAUCGAGGCAUGGCACGUCAGGAAAUUUGAAAUAUGGGGAUCCAGAAAGACAUGGGACGAAUGGAAAAGUUGGGAAAUUGGUGCUGACGGAACUGUCUCCCUUGCCGCCCACGAAGAACCGCUGCCCUCGCCGUUUAGCCCCCACGAGGUGACUGAUCACGUCAAAGAGAUGGAACUGAUAUUUCACCCCUGCCAUGAUCAUGAGAUCAUCGCAGCCGCCUUUGAAGAUGGAGAAGAUGGCUACUUCAAGGCCAUGAUAGUUUCCAUGUUACCUCGACUGAAUAACCUUGUAUUCGUUACUCCUCAUGUUCCAAAUGAGACCCUGGAUUGGUUGGUGCAAAUGAUCCAAUGGAGCUUGGGUGGCGACUUCCCUUGGCCCCCUGGAUUCAAUUCCCUUCGCAAGGUAUCUGUUGGAGUCCCCGUCCUCGAUCGUCCCGAGCUUGAAGCCAUGUCAGACUCCACCAGCCUCUGUGCUCUACUGCGCCUUCCUUCCAUUGAGGAGAUCUACUACCGGAAUUUGGAUUCAAGUGGUCCGUUGGAAUCCGAUGGGGGUUGGUUACUUCCCCUUGAAACUUCGACCGUCAGAACCCUAGUUCUUGACAGAAUCAGAGAAGACAAUAUCGACCUCCGAGGGGCACUGGUCCAGACGUCGAUCGGCCUUGAUACAAUAGUCAUCCGUGCACAGUGUGGGGAGCGAUUAGACUCGGUUAAUACAUUUAUCGAAGAGCUCAACUCUUCGGUUUCCCAACGGUCUCUUCGCCAGCUCCUCCUUUAUCGACCAAAUCGCAUGUUCAGCGAUCGAUGUCGUAAUUACGAGCCGAGUGAGCUAUCGUCAAUGCGAAACAUCCGCAUGAUACAACUUUGUGUGGAGGACAUUUUGAUUGAUUGCUUCUGCUCGCUCAACGAUGUCUGUCGUGAUGGGUCCGGGAUGUACGAUUUUUACAAUCAAGAGCCAUUUGGCCGUGAUAAUGACGAGAGCGAUUUCCUUGACACACCUCCCGACAUGCCAGAGGUGGACAGGGAGACGACAGACGACGACUCCGCCGACGGGACUAUAAAGCAUGAUGACGUUGUCACUCAUUUUGCUAAGUGCCUUCCGCCAACUCUCGAAGUUUUACUUCUUUGGGGAUCGGAGGAUGAGGCCUGGUAUGACCGAGGGGAUUACGAGGUGAAUGAGGCUUUAGACGAUGCGAUUGUGUCGCUCAUCAAUUCGCGGUCAUUCCCAAACCUGAGGGCCAUCUACCUCGAACAAGUCGAGAAGCAAGCCCCAAUGCCUAGAACCCAAAUAUCUUUUCAAAAAGCAAUGACAGCUGCAAAGGGGCGGGGUGUUUAUGUCCGUACAUUAUCAAAUCAGCACGAACUGAUUCCUGAGCUUGGUUUUCCCAAAAUGCCAGACAAGUAUGAUCUCGAGACCGGACCGUUUCCAGCCAGGGACCCCACGUGGACUUUUGAUCCUUUCACAGGGUCCUGGACAGCCCCAGGGUGCGGCGGUUGCGGGAUCUGUGAGACAUGUUUACGAUAUUACACGAAAGAGGCAUGGGAAGAGUUCAGGAAUCAAAACUGA